GAUUCACAAAAAAAAAAAAAAAAAGAUUGUAUCAGUUACGCAUUGCCCAGUUAUUCCCCGAACACAUGCUACCAAUUACCUUUUUUCUUUUUUUACCUCUGUCAAAUCCAACUCCAGCCAAUUGACUCGUAUCUAGACAAUUGUGUGUGUGACCUGUAAAAAAAAUAAAGUUGAAACACAACAUUUUCAAAAAAAAAUGGUCUCCCCUUUUUCCACCUUCUUUAUUUUCUUUCUACAAAUAUGACUACAUCCCCAGAUAAUGACUUUCAAUAUCGUCUAACCGAGAGUUUAUUGUCUCAAACAUGUAAUAGCACAUUGUCAUUAUUGCCUCACCAAACAGCACCUAGAAUUAUUGCACAUUCGCCGUCAUAUACUACGGUUCUACAUAACAAAGAGUCUGACGCAUCCUUCAAUGGCUAUCCAGGCUCUCAAGCGAAGGAACCAUCUAAUUAUUUACGGCCUCCCGGAUAUACAAAACAAGACAAAGUCUCAACACCUUGGGGAUAUUUAACCAAAGAUUUAGAAUCGACGUCUUCUAUCAAACUCGAGCCUAGCCAUGAAUACGAGUCCAUCAUUAGUGAAAAGACUUCUCUCAUCACCACAACAUUCGAAUUUUUUUCUCCUGGAGCCUAUUUAUUCCUAUUUGGCUUUAUAUUUCCUCCAUGCUGGUGGGUAGGCUCGUUUUAUCCAACACGUGCAAAGAAAGAAGUCAUGUAUUCUAUGGAUGAAAAUGUGAAAAUGGCCAUCCGCUGGAGACUGUUAAAUCGUUUCUUUUCAUUAGGUUUUAGUACGUUAUUGAUUACUGCCAUUAUAGUACUAGCCAUUAUAUAUUCCAAGACUUAAAAAAGAGUUGAAUCAAAACUCAAUUUUUGUAUAUAUACCCACACAACCCCAUGCACCUUUAGCUAAUUAGUAAUGCGCAUAUAUGCUGGAUUUAUAGAAUAAAGUUCAUUUUAUGUACAAAUAAAA